AUGAGCCGGAGAAGGGGAAGGAGCCGGAGGAAGGUGGGGGGGAGAGUGCGCAUUGGGGGUUUUUUACUUGGUUUGUGGUUUUGGUUUUUCUCGGCAUCGCAACAGUACCUCAUCUUUGGCUCGUGGCUCAACUACAACCGGUAUGGCGCUCGGGGGUGGGAUUUGCUUCCCCAUGGUGACACGCUCAGGGAUGUCCCGUACCUACUCAAGGACUGGAUGCGGAGAGCUCUUAACACGAUACAAAGCAGUGGCAGCAGGGGGGGAUACUCAGCCGUGUAG